AUGGAAAAUUUUUCUCUCUUGACAAUCUCUGGGCCACAUCUCCCCAGCUUUGCCCUGAAGAGUGUACCUGACUUAACAUGCCCUAUACACGCAAGCAAAUUGCCAGAUUGCCUUCUUACGGAACUGCAGAGCAGCGAGACCUCACGAAGGAAUUGUACCAUCUAUCGGCCCUGGUACUCCCCCUACAGCUACUUUGUGUCCAUGGACAAAGACAAUCAAGUGGACUCCUGCAGUUUUCCACGCACACUCAGAGGCAACAGCAGAGAAGUCCCAGCAGAUGCUGGGCAAGCUAGAGAGAAUGCUGACAGUGGUUCUUCUUCCUCUGGCUCCCUGGAGAAAAGGUAUCCCCAAGACAGUAGUAGCAGCAGCAGGAAGGCCAGGGUUGCUACUGAGGCCAGGAACCGCAUUACUUCCCAGGACAUCCUCUUGGCUUCCAAAUGGCAACCUCUGCAGCAGAAUGGAUACAAAUGCAUGGCCUGUUGCCGAAUAUUCCCUACUUUGCACUCACUCAAGACCCACAUCAAAUGUGGUUCCAAGGAGGGCUUCAGCUGCAAGGUCUAUUACCAGAAGCUCAAAGCGCUGUGGGAGAAGGAACACAAGUGCCGGCCUAGUAACCGCCCAGCAGGCAGUGGCAGCAACAUGCUCAAGUAG